AUGUUCCGCUUCCACAAGACCCUCGACAUCGUCACUCUCUUCCACAAGGCGAGCUCCCCCGCUUCCGUGAGGGUCGCCAACAUCCUCAAACAGGUGUCGGCGAAUGCUUCGGCCGGCGCGACUGAAGAUCAAGCCAGCGACCACAGCGUCCAGACGAACCCCAAGAAGUCGCGCGCCGAGUUCGAGCUUAACAUCACCGAGGACCCCCCCACUGCCGACCAGGUCAAGACCAUCUUGGAAUACGUCGGACAGAACAGAAUCUCGUCGAUCAUCAAAGGCGCCUCGACCGAGCAGGAGGCCUUGAGGAAGUUCCAGCAGAACUCCGAGUCUUUCCAAAGACCAGUGGCAUCUCUCCGUCGAUGGAGCCUACCCACUUUCCACUCAAGAGUGACCCAUGCUGACCGAGACAUACAGACUGUGGACUGGAACAAUGGAAAGGCUGUUUCUGGCGACAACGAAUCCGAGAUCCUUAAGAUGCUCAACGCUUUGAACGGCGAGAAGAGCUGA